AUGGAAGCCACCGAAACCUCUCGGAGCUCCGACAAUCCAUCCCGCAAGGUCGUUGACAUAGCUGCCGGUGAAUCACACACUCUCCUUCUUUCCGAAGAUGGAAGUGUUUACUCUUGGGGUAGAGGAAUGUUUGGACGGCUUGGGCUUGGGUUUGGUUCUCAAAAUGAUCAACUUUUUCCGGUGAAAGUAAAGUUUGAAAACCCUAGUGGAAGUAGUGACUGUGUCAAAAUAGUGGGAAUUGCCGCGGGUGCUUAUCACAGUCUUGCUCUUGCAGAAGAUGGAUCUGUUUGGUGCUGGGGUUACAACAUCUGUAUCCUUAAUAUCGGAGAGGACUCGCAUGAUUCCCUGGAUCCUUGCUUACUUAGCAGGUUUCUUGAGUUGCAACCGCCUGAUUCUUCAACCGGUCUAUCUGAAGCAGAAGACAGAGUAUCACUAAAGAUUUGUACUGUAAAAGCAGGAGGAAUGAUGUCUCUGGCUAUUGAUAACCACGGGACCCUGUGGAUAUGGGGAAACAUCCCAGAAGAAAACAAAGACGGUGGGUUAUCUCUGGUAAACAGUUUCAUUCCAAGACCAGUCUGGGAUUUUCAUGGUCGAGCGGUUGUCAAGGUUUCGUGUGGAAACGAGCAUGUUGUAGCGUUGGUUAGUGCUACAGAAUCACACAAGGAUGAAGAUCUACUGUGCUACUCUUGGGGUUAUAACAGCCAUGGCCAAUUAGGUUUGGGGGAUAGUCAGAGCAGGCUGCGUCCUGAAGUUGUAAAAGUAUUCGACGAGGAUUCUCCUUUGACGAUUUACGAGGUAGCAUGUGGUGCAUUUCACACGGCUUUGCUAACUCACAAAAAGGAAUUCGCCGACACAUUAGAAAGCAUGUGUUGGACCUUUGGCCUUGGCGAAAAUGGUCAACUAGGGCAUGGAACAACGCAAAGCGCUUUAUUUCCUACACCCGUUAAAGUGUUGCCCCAAAAUGCUUACUUUAUUUCUGUUGACUGUGGCUUGUUUCAUACAAGUGUUGUUUCCUCAACUGGGGGUGUGUGGUCCUGGGGAAUGGAGAAGGGUCUUGGCUUAUGUCCUGACGCCAGUCGUGGUGAAACAGUUUCUGGUGAUGCCCUCUCCCCCCUUCUCAUCUUAUACAAGCCACACCAACCUAUUUUUCCAGAUCCAGUUAAAGUUGUGUGUGGGGCUGCACACACCGUUGUUAUCGUGCAGAAGGGAUAUAAGGUGUGGUCUUGGGGUAGGGGAAGGAGUGGUGUUCUUGGGAAUGGUAAGGAAAUUGAUAGUUACACUCCCACCAUUGUUUUGUGGCCUCCAACAAAGGAGGAUCUCAAUGACGAGGAUUCGAAGAGCUCGGAUGAGCAAGAUAACGUCGCAGAAAAGAAACCCAAAGUAAUAACAGAAACAGAUGAGAAACUAUCCUCAGCGUUGAAUGAGGUGAAGCUGCUUCAAACAAAGCUAUCUACAAUGGAAAAAUAUGCCAGCAUACUUCACGGCUCUAUUUUUGGAAAACCUUUUGAUGAACAUGAUAUUCCUGUUUCGAUGCGGGAUUCGGGUUCCAUGAAUAUUGCCAAAGAAUGGGAUGACAUGUUAGAGGCAGCAGAUGAUAGGAAGCUAGCUAGGAUGGAAAUGUUUUACCGCGACAUGAUAGCUGGUGUGAAAGAUAAAUUAAUGAAAAGAAAGAUCAAGGAAAUUAUAAAGGAAUGUCUCCAAUCUUCAAAUGUAAGUAAUAAUUAG